AUGCAGGGGUCAUGGAAUACCGAAAUAUGUGAGGACCUCGAUUAUAUCGUUGUAACUAUUGACGAUGACAGUGAUAACAACAAUGAUGAGGAGGAUGAUGACGUUGUGAUAAUAGAAGAUUCUGAAACAGAGUCUACUGAGAACACAGAUUCCACUGAUAGCAUGGUGACCACACAACCAGAUUUUCAAGGCGGCACUGAUAACUAUCAGCCACCAUACCAAAUGUCAUAUGGAGUUGAAGGUUUAGCAGAGCUAAGUAACCAACCAGUUUCACAAAUGAACCAUCCAGCAAAUUUAAAAACAUGUAACCCCAACUCAGCAGAAGUGGAGUUUAUCCCACCGUGCAAAAACAGACAAUCCUCUGAUUCGAAAGAAGAUGAUAUGGGAAAUGCAUCUGACAUUUUCUCUGGUGAAGAUCAUCGAAACCAACUUAUGAAACUCCAACGCUCUUGUGAGGGAAAUUGUAGCCCAUCUUUACCAGUGCAAAGGCAGGAAAACCAUGCCUCCUGGACCAACCCUGUAGGAACGUCUCUUCAGUCAGCAGUACUCCCUGAACUGCAGCAGCCAGUCCUCAGGGAGAGUCUACCACUUUCCAAAACUGUCCCCACAUAUUCAUUACAGCUCACUAGACAGUCUAUUUUCUGGUCUUGCUAUCCUAUCUGCUUUUGCAGCAAAGGUGCCAAAAGUACCAGCAGUGUUAUCUCAUCUUCUCAGGCUUCCCAACAGCAGUUCUGCUACAAUGAGAAUCCAGCAGUUGUGCCACGAGGAGAAUCCAGUUUGGCAAACACCCCUGAGAUGAUGAACUACUCAACUUCGAUGGAAAAUAACAGCAUGAGCCCAGACGCUGCCUCGCCAUCUCUCUGUAACCCUCCCAAUUUUGAAAUGCCAGAAAGAGCAGGAAUCAGCCUUGAAAACAGAGAGUCAAUGUAUUACACAACUUUAUUGGGAAAUGACAGUGGUCAAGAAACUGCCUCUUCAUCUGUGUUCAUCCUUCCCCAUUUUAAUGAGUUAGAAAUGAUACAUAUCCCAAAUAUGCUAGAAAUAGCAGAAAUCAGUCUGGAAAACAACCCUGAGACAAUGAAUAACCCAGCUUCACUGGGAAAUGAUGGAGACCAAUGUUCUUCCUCUUUAUGUGUCUGCCUCACACCCAAUUUUGAAACGCAGUCAAAAGGAGAAACCAUCCCGGAAGACAGCUCUCAGAUAAUGUAUUAUCCAGCUUUAUUUGGAAAUAACAGUAGCCCAUCUGUUGCCUCUUCGACUCUCUCCAUCCCACCCAAUUUUGGAAUGGUGGUCAGAGCAGGAACCAACCUGGACAACAACAUUCAGAUGAUGAAUAACCCACCUCCCAUGGAAAAUGACAGUGAUCGAAAUGCUCCAUGUUUCUUCAUCCCUGCUGAUUGUGACUCUAGCACAGAAAUGCAGCCUGAAACCAUUCUUCACACAACUUCAGUGGAAAAUGGCAGUGACCAAGAUAAUGCUAACGCAUCUUUCUUCCUCACUGCUGGUUUUGCACUUUUACCUAUAGAAAUAUUGGUAAAAGCAGAAAACAACAUGGGCAACAGCCGUGAAACAGUGACUCACCCAACUGUAGUGGAAAACAACAAUAGCCAGAGUUCUUCAUCAUCUACCAGCUUCCCUACCAAUUCCGGAUUUCUUGGCAAUCCGGAAAGAAAUGUCAGGAUUCUUAAUUUGCAUUUGAUGGUUGCACAAAGGAAGGCCGAACCUAAGCAUGCAGCCCGUUACUUGGCUCGCAUUUUAUUCUCCAAGGAAGUCCUGCUUUGCGGUUCAGUAGGUGUCAAUUCUCGCGUACCAAACCCUAGUGGCCGCCAACCCCUAGAUCCAAACAAAAUGGCUGCAAUGAGAGAGUAUCUGGCAACAGCUUUUCCCAACCAUGAUUUGCGUGAAUGUGGAAGAGACUGGAAAACCUGUAUUUCCUAUAUCAAUUCUCUGAUCCGCUAUGUAUGCUCUGACUCCAAAAGAACAUCACAGAGAACUGUUGCCCACAAUAAAGUCCCUACCAACACCAAUACACUAGCGUCUGCAGAUUUGAAUGAUAAAAGGGAUGGUGAUGGCGGCGAAAGCAGUUACCAGUUAUCUCAGCAAGCAGCUGCCUCAAAAACAGGAGCAAGUGGUACUUUUCAGCAGAACAGCAGUGCUUUCUUUGAAAGAUUUACACAACGUUCCACUGAUGCUUCAGCAGUACCUUUUGAAACAGUUUACUAUCUUGGAAAUCCACGUAGAAAUAUACCGAUACCAUACUCAGUCCUGACCAUAGCGAAAGCAAAGUGUCGCCCAGAGCUGUCAGCCAGAUACCUUGUUCGCAAAAUGUUCGCAGAGGAAGUCCUGAUAAAAAGUAGCAUCCAGGGAAAUCCGGCGCGUGGCGUAUGUGCCCUUAGCUUGAAUCAGAUGAAUGCUCUCCGAGAAUUUCUCCAGGAGAACUACCCGAAUUGUGACCUAACAGAAUCUGGAUAUGACUGGAAGUUGUGUAUGACGGCUAUCAAUAGUUGUAUCCGUAGCAUUCGAUAUGAAUUCAAUAAGUCUACAUCCAGAUCAGAGCCACUUCCAGGAAUGACACAUUCAGCGAAGUAG